AUGUCUAAAAGAAAAAACGAGUUUUCAUCUGAAUCUUACAACAAAGGAAAAGAAAACAUUUCUAACGGUGUUCCAGCCAUCUUAAAUACGAAUGCAUCUACAAAUAUUACAACUGGUCAUACAAAUGUUCGUAGAGGUAGAAGGCCAUUAUCGACAAUUACUAAUGUUGUUGUUCCCACUAUAACACAAGAUCAGGCAAGACAUAGUCGAAAAAUUAGGAAAGUAUUAUUGGAUAACAAAAGAUCAAAAUUAGAUGGAUGUCCAUCAAAUGUUGACCAUACAAUGGUCAUAACAACUGAUUCGAUACCCUCUCCUUCUAUUCCGACCAUUACCCAAAAAUUAUCUGCUUUAUCUGCAGAUAACAGCCGCUUUAGGGAAGUAAAUUUGGAGAAUACAACAUCUCCUCUGAGAAAUAGUAUAUCAUAUUCCAAUAGGAGUAUACAUCGCUCUCCUGAUAUAGAAGCAACUCCAAAUGUCAUUACUAAUCGUACUGCAUCAUUCAUGGGAACAAGCAAUUUAAGUUGUGUUACGAACAACGGUACACCACCAGCAGACGCUACUCCCGGUCAUAUUGCUAGCAACAUUACGUCAUUUAGUGGCACCUCCGGUAUUCUUCAAAAUUCUUCUUUUGAAAGGUUGUCAUCCGGUAAACGUAAGUUAAUUGGUAGGCCACGAAUUACUUCUCCAAUACCAAUUAUUGACUUUACCACAGAGCAAAUUGUGGUUCAAGAUCCCUUGAAAGGUGUUUCAAAAGAUUAUUUGGACCAUGGUGACCAAUGCGUUACUUGUGAAGUAUGUAAUGCAAAGUUGUGGAAUGCAGAAAAAGGAAAAGGAAGAAAAAAGGAUGGAAAAGUUUGUUAUUUCAUUUGUUGUUCUUAUGGCAUAGUAGAGCUUCCAGAUUACAAAGAUGCAAGAGGAAGUUAUCGGAUUCUGUUUACUAACAAUGGUGAUGAAAGCAAGCACUUUUUGAAAAAUAUUCGCCGUUACAAUUCUAUGUUUGCAUUUACUUCAAUGGGUGGUAAGGUUGAUUCGACGGUUAACAGAGGCAAUGGUCCUUUUUGCUUUAGAAUUAGCGGCGAGAAUUAUCAUACAAUUGGAAGUCUUAUGCCAAUCAACGGAGCUCAACCAAAAUUUUGCCAACUAUACAUAUAUGAUACUGAAAACGAAAUUUCAAACAGGCAAUCGAUAUUUAGGGGUUCAGAUGGUGCGUCUUCUUCUUCAUCGGCAAAUGUUGAUAUUAAAUUGAUCGAACAUAUAAAGGAUGUACUAGACAAUGACAACGAGUUGGUCAAAACUUAUAGAAGAGUUAGGGAUUCCUUCCAAGACAACCCUAAUGUAAAUGUGAAGCUUCGAAUAAUUGGAGCAAGAGAAAAAGAUGGUCGCACGUAUAACUUACCAACGGCUGGUGAGAUCGCUGCUCUUAUUGUUGGUGAUAUCGAAAAUGUGGUUGACAAUAGAGAUAUUAUAGUUGAGACUCGAACAGGUGAACUAAAAAGAAUUAGUGAGUUGCAUCCAUCAUAUCUUGCACUACAAUAUCCGAUUCUAUUUCCGUACGGAGAUGAUGGCUACAGAAUUGAUAUCCCUCAUAGAGGUGUUGUUGAUGUUGUUAAUAAAACACGUCCAAAGUGUACUAUGAGAGAGUUCUUUGCCUAUCGUAUCCAGGAUCGUAUAAAUCAGUUUUCAUUAAUCCUUAAUUCUAAGAGGCUUUUCCAGCAGUUCCUGGUUGACGCAUAUACUAUGAUAGAGAGCGAGAGACUUAGGUACAUACGAUAUCAACAAAAAGAUCUUAGGUCCGACACAUAUGAAAGUCUCCGUAAAUUACGAAGUAAAGGUCAAGAUGAUAUAUCUAAAGCUGGAAAACGCAUUUUUUUGCCGUCUUCUUUUACUGGUGGAGCACGAUAUAUGAUGCAAAACUAUUUAGACGCUAUGGCUCUGUGUAAGUGCUUUGGUUAUCCAGAUUAUUUUAUUACCAUAACAUGCAAUCCAAAAUGGCCAGAAGUUCAACGGUUUCUCAAAGACACCAAUCUUAGUCCGGAAGAUAGGCCUGAUAUCCUGUCUAGACUCUUCAAAAUAAAACUCGAUUCUAUCUGCAAAGAUUUAAAAAAGAAUCAUCUAUUAGACAAAGCGUCAGCAGUUGUUUACACUAUCGAGUUCCAAAAACGUGGUUUGCCUCAUGCACAUUUAUGCUUAUUCAUGGAACCUGAAUUCAAAUUACCUACUGUGGACCAUGUUGAUUCAUUUAUAUCUGCUGAAAUUCCAAACAGAGAAGAAGAUCCAGAAUUAUUCAUCCUGGUGAAAGAGUAUAUGAUACAUGGUCCAUGUGGUAAUGCUAGGUUGAGCUCUCCAUGUAUGGUAGAUAUGAAGUGUUCAAAAGGCUUUCCAAAAAAGUUUCAAGAUCAUACAACACUUGAUUCAAAUGGGUUUCCAUUAUACAGAAGGAGAAACAAUGGUUCUUCUGUUGUGAAAAAUAAAAUUGAGCUUGAUAACAGGAGUGUGGUUCCUUAUAACAAAAAAUUAUUGAAAAGAUAUCAAGCUCAUAUCAACGUUGAAUGGUGCAAUCAAGUCGCGUCUAUAAAAUAUCUUUUUAAAUACAUCAAUAAAGGUCCUGAUCGAGCCACUAUAGCUGUUGCGCGUGGUGAUAGUCAACCGGAAGAGCAACCACAAGACGAGAUCAAAGAGUAUUACGAUUGCCGCUAUAUAUCAGCUUGCGAAGCAUCUUGGAGGAUAUUUGCUAAUGAGCUUGACAAGCGAGUAUGGGAACCAAGAAAAGGGAAAAAAUCAAUUGGCAGGAUUCAUUCCGUAUCUCCAACUUUAGGUGAAGCGUAUUUCUUGAGAAUUCUUCUUAACAAGGUUAGAGGACCAACAUCGUUUGACGACAUUAAAACAGUUAAUGGUAAAGUUUACGAUACAUACAGAGAUGCUUGCUACGCACUUGGCCUUUUAGAUGAUGAUUCAGAAUAUGUAGAGGCAAUAAAAGAAGCAAAUUUAACUGGAAGCGCUUCAUACAUUCGCAAUUUAUUUUCUACGAUGUUGUUAUCCGGUAGUCUUUCUAGACCUGAGGUUGUUUGGGAAACUUCGUGGAGAUACAUGGCGGACGAUUUUGUUUACAGAUUAGCAAAAUACCAUCGAGUGACAGCGUUAUCAAUUCCGGAUCACCAACUGAAGAACUAUGUGUUGGUCGAAAUUGAAAAGUUUUUAUUGCGAAAUAAUUCUUCUUUGCGAAGAUUUGAAUCAAUGCCAUAUCCAGAUAUGUCGUCUUCAGAGAUUAUGGCAGCAGUAAACAGUGAUAACGGUCAGAUUUUUUUCCUUUAUGGCUAUGGCGGAACAGGUAAAACUUUUCUAUGGAAAACAUUGUCCGCUGCAAUUAGAUCAAGAGGUCAAAUCGUGUUAAAUGUGGCUUCCAGUGGAAUUGCAUCGUUGUUGUUAGAUGGUGGCAGGACUGCACAUUCCAGGUUUAGCAUACCGUUGAAUCUUACUGAAGAUUCUGUAUGCCAUAUAAAACCAGAAAGUGAUUUGGCUAAAUUACUUCACGAGACUAAAUUGAUAAUUUGGGAUGAAGCACCUAUGGUUCACAAACAUGCAUUUGAAGCGCUCGACAGAACAAUGAAUGACGUUUUCAACAUUGACACAUCUCUAAAUUCUGAAAUCCGCUUUGGAGGUAAAGUUAUUGUUUUUGGAGGGGAUUUUAGACAAAUAUUACCUGUUGUUCCAAAUGGUGGCAGACAAGAGAUUGUUAAUGCCUCCUUAUGUUCGUCUUAUUUGUGGAGUAAAUGUAAAUUGCUAAGACUAACUAGAAACAUGAGGUUAACGGUUGGAAGAUCUACGGCUGAUGUUGAUGAAAUAAAUAGUUUUGGCAAAUGGCUUUUGGAUUUGGGUGAGGGUAACGUUGGUGGUCCAAAUGAUGGAGAAGCAACUAUUGAAAUACCACGAGAUCUUUUGAUUACUGAUCCAUCUGAUCCAAUUGGAAGUUUAAUUGAUUUUGUUUAUCCAUCAAUCUUGGAAAACGUAGACGCCCAUAACUAUUUUAGUGACCGGGCCAUACUUGCACCUAAAAAUGAAGUUGUUCAUGAGAUUAAUGACAGGUUGCUAGCAAUGUUUCCUGGUGAAGAAAAAGAGUAUCUUAGUUCUGACAGUCUUUGUCCGUCUGAAGAUGUAAAUUCUACACAACAAAGACUUUACUCUCCAGAUGUGCUCAAUGGUCUUAAAAUAUCUGGCCUACCUAAUCAUAGGUUAGUCCUUAAAGUUGGUGUUCCAGUCAUGUUAUUAAGAAAUAUUGAUCAACGGAAUGGAUUGUGCAAUGGUACAAGGCUACAAGUAAAGAAGCUGCACAACCGUGUAAUAGAAGCAGAGAUAAUAUCUGGUUCAAAUAUUGGUACUUGCACAUAUAUCCCUCGAUUAAACUUGAUACCUUCUGAUAAAAAGAUUCCUUUCUCUUUUCAAAGAAGACAAUUUCCAUUGGCCGUAUGUUUUGCAAUGACCAUCAACAAAAGUCAAGGUCAAUCUCUUUCAAGAGUAGGUUUGUACCUCAAACAACCAGUCUUCUCUCAUGGUCAGUUGUAUGUUGCCUUAUCAAGGGUGAAAACAAGAAAUGGUGUGAAGAUACUCAUACUUGACAACAAUGGAAAACCUACGGAAAAAACAACUAAUGUGGUGUAUAAAGAGAUAUUCAACGAUUUGUGA